AUGUUCUGUCUGAAGAACAGAUACGUUUGAAGAAACUGAAGAAGCAGGAAGACGAUCAGGCUCGGACAGUCGUGGUGCGUCCAAACCCUCCGAAUCCGUCAAGCCCUUCCCACAAGCUGACACCUGAACAGUUGGGCAUGAUAAAAAAGCUUGUGGCCGCUCAGCAGCAGUGCAACCAGCGCUCAUUCACAGACAGGCUCAAAGUGACGCCAUGGCCCCAGGUUCCUGACCCUAAUAACCGUGAAGCAAGGCAGCAGCGUUUUGCUCACUUUACAGAACUUGCAAUUAUCUCUGUGCAAGAGAUUGUGGACUUUGCCAAGCAACUACCUGGCUUCCUGGAGCUCACCAGGGAAGAUCAGAUUGCUUUAUUGAAGACAUCUACCAUAGAGGUGAUGUUGUUGGAGACAUCUCGGCGCUACAACCCAGAGAUUGAGAGCAUCACCUUUCUUAAGGACCUGAGUUAUAAUCGGGAUGACUUCGCCAAAGCAGGUCUGCAAUUUGAGUUCAUUAACCCCAUCUUUGAGUUCUCAAAGGGAAUGAAUGAGCUACAGCUCAAUGACGCUGAAUAUGCACUUUUGAUCGCCAUCAACAUUUUCUCUGCAGACCGACCGAAUGUGCAGGACCAGUCCUUGGUAGAGAGGCUGCAGCACACCUACGUGGAAGCCCUUCAUUCUUACAUUUGCAUCAACAGACCAAACGACCGCCUGAUGUUUCCACGGAUGUUAAUGAAGCUGGUCAGUCUUCGGACACUAAGUAGUGUCCACUCCGAACAGGUGUUUGCCCUUCGGCUGCAGGACAAGAAACUUCCUCCCCUGCUCUCAGAAAUCUGGGAUGUGCAUGAGUGACCGCAUGCUCCCAGGGCACUGACGUGCCGUCAUAACGCCAUCUCCCAGCCUUUGCUAAUGAGAAGCCAGCCUCCCAUCUCCAAAGCAUUGAACUCUGGGAUAGGCAGUGCAGGGAGCGAUGUUGUCAUGUGACUAUGCAGGAGGCAGCUGGGGUAGAUCAGAUGGGGGGGGGGGUUGGUUUCCACGUAGUGCCCGUACCCCAAAGGAAUAACAUGAAACAUCUGAAAACGGUAGAAAUGAAGAUCUUCCCCGCACCCACGCGCCUCUCUUCCUUUGGAGUCUUUCUCUUCUCUGAGCAUGUCCCGAGGGCUUGCCCACUGAUCCUCUCCUCUCUUGUUGAUUAUGAAAAUGAAUUUGCAGGAACUUGCCAAACCCUCUCUGUUGAGAGUAACCCAGCUCAAAAGGCUUCUGCAGGGUCUCCAGCGUACCUGGAUCUGAGGAGCUCAGGGAAGUCAAUGUGGAUGUUCUAGGGGUUUCACUGGGUUUCCUAUAAGUAAAAUCUCUUGUAUGUGCUGCCCUGUACGACAGUUCCAAGAGAAGUAGCUGUUAUUUCUUUAUUAUGAGACUUCAUCUCUAGAGCUGCCCUUUCAUUCUUGGCCCUCCUUUGGAAAAAAGAUUCCUCUGAUGU